UCAAUUCAAUAGCCUUUGCAUUCGUUGUUGGUACUCUCUCUGUGUGUGUUUUCAAUCAAGCGAGCGGCGCGCGAACCUCAUCUUUUCUUUCCGCAUUGAUAUUGUAUGCUACCAACAAAAACACAUUUACACACUCUUGUGCCCUGCAAUAAAGCACAAGCUGCUGCGUUGCGUUGCCUCGUUUGUUUAUUUUUUACUAACUAAAAACAAACAGCCAACAACAAUAACAACAACAACCGCACAAAACACUUCUACAAAAACGAUUCGCGUUGCGUUGUGUUGCGUUACGUUCGCUGUUACGCUGUAAUUUGUCGUAAGAAUCGGAAAAAUUAAACAAAAAAAAACGAAAAACAGAAAAAAUAAAGUUAUAUCGUGACUCCGUUUUGUUCCUUUGUACAUCAUCUGUAUGUACAAUAAUCAAUAGAAGAACGUACAUACGACAACAUACAUAUACAUGCAUACAUAGAGAAUACAAAAAACAAAAAGGAAAAACGAAUGCUAGUUGGAAACUCGCUUGCAACACUUAUUUUAUCCCCAUUGUGGUGUGUGUUUGUGUUUGCGUGUGUGUGAGUGUGUGUGCAGUGCAAGAAGCAGAACAGAGGAACAGAAACAUUUAACAAAGUUAAACUCUUUAACUACAACUGAUUAAAUCCCCUUCACCUCCUCCGCCAACACCACCACCCCCUUCCAAUCCGCUAAAGGAGAUCAGAAAUCGGCUAAAACCAUGGAACACUUUCAUCAAAUACAGCAAACAAUUCAACACUAUCAGCAGCAACUGGCUGCGCAGCAACAACAACAAGCGGCUGCAGUACAACAGCAACAGUUGCAACAGCAUCAAGUAGUUGUCCAGCAGAAUCAACAGCAGGCGCAUCAAAAUAGCUCCAACACCACCGCCGGCGUUGGCCAACAGCUAUUCACAUACAAAAUGGCCAGCAGUUUCCCCAAUCCAGCCACGACAAUGGCCCAAGUUGUUGCCACCUCGAAUGCGGCAACCACCGGCUACGAUUACCGUCUAAAUAUGGCACAAGCCGCCGCCGCUGCAGCGGUGCCCGGCUCCCAAUGGUGGUAUUCGGCUGCCAAUCAGGGCCAAGUGGAUGCCAACACAGCUGCCCAAUUGCAGCAGCAGCAACAACAGCAACAGCAGCAGCAACAACAGCAGCAACAACAGCAACAGCAGCAGCAACAACAGCAGCAGCAACAGAUGCAACAACAGCAACAGCAACAAAAUGUCAUCAACUCAGCCAGCCCAAUGGUCAGAGGAAAAGCUGAUGCGAAACCCAGAGGUCGAAUGACCGCCUACGCAUAUUUUGUACAAACUUGCAGAGAGGAGCACAAAAAGAAGCAUCCCGAUGAGACGGUGAUAUUCGCCGAAUUCUCGCGAAAAUGCGCUGAACGAUGGAAGACAAUGGUUGACAAGGAGAAGAAACGCUUCCACGAAAUGGCUGAAAAAGACAAGCAGCGAUACGAACAGGAAAUGCAAAACUAUGUGCCGCCCAAGGGUGCGGUUGUGGGUCGCGGGAAGAAAAGAAAACAAAUCAAGGACCCCAAUGCGCCUAAACGUUCAUUGUCUGCGUUCUUCUGGUUCUGCAAUGAUGAAAGAAAUAAGGUUAAGGCUCUUAAUCCCGAAUUCGGCGUUGGCGAUAUUGCCAAAGAGCUGGGCCGCAAAUGGUCGGACGUCGAUCCAGAGGUCAAGCAAAAGUACGAGUCGAUGGCAGAGCGUGACAAGGCACGAUAUGAACGGGAAAUGACCGAGUACAAGACAAGCGGGAAAAUUGCCAUGUCAGCACCCUCGAUGCAAGCGUCGCUGCAGGCGCAAGCACAAGCAGUGCAGAAAGCGGCGUUAUUAGCAGCUGCUGCCCAACAACAACACCAGCAGCUGGAUGAGCAGCAUGAUGACGAUGAUGGUGACGGUGAUGAUGACGAGAAUCAAUAGGUUUAGCAGUAAAAUACUCUUCACUAUUUAUAACCUAUCGUUGGUCAUCACGAACACAAGAAGGAAUCAUAAUAAUUGUUGGUUGAUCUAUUAUCAGGUUAACUAAUGUGUGUUGGAUAUAUAGAUAGAUAUAUGUAUAUGUAUAUGUAUAUAUAUAUGUGUGUGUGUAUGCAUGUAUAUAUAUAUGUAUAUAUGUAUGUAUAUUUAUAUAUACACGCGCGUAUAUAUAUUUAUAGAUAUAUAUAUAUGAAAUUAAUUAUAUUAAUUUUUUUUAAUAAUAAGUAAUCAAAUUUCCAUGAAUUACUGAAGGAGAAAAUCACAAAGAAACCUUUUAUAAGUUUUAUUUUAAGAAUACUAUAAUAGUAAUAAGUAUAUCGUUAGAUUAAAAUGACAUUCAUCUGUCGGCAAAUCUUAUUUUUGUGCUUCAAUCAUAAGUUUCUCCUAAAACACUAAGAAAACGAAUUAUUUUAUAAAUCAAAAACAAAAAAAAGCAAAAAACAUAAAAAAGAUCGAGAUCAAA